AUGUCUGUCUCCAUCCAGGAACUGGACAACACAGUCCGAGCCUUCUAUGAGGGCAAAGGCGAUGUGCAAAAACAAGCCCAGCAGACUUUGACUGAGUUCAAACAAAAUCCCGACGCGUGGUUACUGGUUGGAAACAUUCUCCAAGAGUCGUCGUAUUCCCAAACAAAAUGUCCUGGACGAUGUGAUUAUGACAAGAUGGAAGGUUCUGCCACGAGACCAAUGUCAAGGUACAUCCAGUUCGUUAUUGCACCUGCCUCUGACCGGACUGACCAUAUCAUAGGCAUUCGUAACUUCGUCGUCAAUCUUAUCAUCGAGCACUCAAAGUCUGAAGAAAAACUCAAAAGCGAGCGGGCCUUCUUGAAUAAGUUGAAUCUGGUUCUCGUCUCGAUUCUGAAGCAAGAAUGGCCCCACAACUGGCCUACAUUCAUCAACGAAAUUAUAUCGUCUUGUCAUACCAGCCUUUCCAUCUGCGAAAACAACAUGGCUAUCCUUCGGUUGCUAUCCGAGGAAGUUUUUGAUUAUUCUCAAGACCAAAUGACAUCCACCAAGGCCAAAAACCUCAAAACAACGAUGACCCAAGAGUUCUCGUCCAUCUUCCAGCUUUGCUCCGAGGUUUUGAAUACGGCAAACUCGCCCAGUCUGAUCAAGGCCACCCUAGAGACUCUUUUGCGGUUUCUAAACUGGAUUCCUUUAGGAUAUAUAUUCGAAACCCCGAUCAUCGACACCCUUAUUACCAGGUUCCUCGAGGUCCCGGAUUUUCGCAACGUGACCCUGAAAUGUCUCACGGAGAUCGGUGGCCUGCAGAUUGGGCAGCAAUACUCAUAUGACGAGAAGCUGGUUCAAAUGUUCACAGAGACGUUGACUAGAAUCUCAAAAAUCAUUCCAUUAUCAAUGGAUUUGAAGCAAACCUACGCAAAUAGCAAUUCCAGAGACCAAGAAUUUGUGCUCAAUCUGGCCCUUUUCUUGACCAACUUCUUCAGCGUCCACCUUAAUCUCAUUGAGAGAUUGCCCAAUCAAGACUAUCUCACGCAUGCUCACUUCUAUCUCAUCCGGAUCAGCCAGAUUGAUGACCGAGAGAUAUUCAAGAUCUGCCUUGAAUACUGGACGAAACUCGUGCAAGAACUGUAUGAGGAGAUGCAACAGCUCCCGAUUACAGAUAUGAACCCGUUGGUCGGCAUGGGGGUCGGUGGUCUCUCGAAUGGAGGUGCCCCUCAUCCGAGUACUCUAGCCAACUAUCCCCUCCGUAAACACAAGUAUGCAGAGGUGCUGUCCAGUUUGCGAACUGUGAUGAUUGAGAAGAUGGUGCGACCGGAAGAGGUGCUUAUAGUCGAGAAUGAUGAGGGGGAGAUUGUUCGAGAGUUUGUCAAGGAAAGUGACACCAUUCAGCUUUACAAAACGACCCGAGAGUGCCUGGUUUAUCUUACGCACCUUGAUGUUGUCGAUACUGAGAACAUCAUGGCCGAGAAGCUCGCUAAGCAAGUUGACGGAAGCGAAUGGUCGUGGCACAACUGCAACACUUUGUGCUGGGCAAUAGGAUCUAUAUCGGGAGCUAUGAACGAGGAGACAGAAAAGCGUUUCCUUGUCACCGUCAUCAAGGACCUCCUUGGUCUUACGGAAAUGAAGCGUGGAAAGGACAACAAAGCAGUCGUCGCAAGCAACAUCAUGUACAUUGUCGGCCAGUACCCCCGGUUUUUAAAAGCUCACUGGAAAUUUCUGAAGACGGUGGUCAACAAGCUUUUUGAAUUUAUGCAUGAAACGCACGAAGGCGUCCAGGACAUGGCUUGCGAUACCUUCAUCAAGAUUGCAAAUAAAUGCAAACGCCACUUUGUCGCUCUUCAGCCUGGGGAAAGUGAACCUUUCAUCGAAGAAAUAGUUCGCAACCUGCGGAAAAUCACCUGCGAUCUUUCCCCGCAGCAGGUGCACACUUUCUACGAGGCAUGUGGUUACAUGAUAUCAGCACAAGGCCAAAAGGGACUUCAAGAUCGUUUGAUAGAGAACCUGAUGUCAUUACCGAACUCUGCAUGGGAUGCCAUCAUCGCCCAAGCCAACCAGGAUCCCUCGAUUCUGCAGGAUGCAGAGACUAUCAAAAUUGUCGGCAAUAUUAUGAAGACUAAUGUUGCGGCUUGCUCUUCAAUUGGAAGCUAUUUCUACACUCAAAUUGGCCGAAUCUACCACGACAUGCUCAACAUGUAUCGUGCUUCGAGCCAACUCAUAUCCGACGCCGUUGCGAGGGAUGGAACCAUUGCCACAAAGACCCCCAAAGUUCGCGGGCUUCGGACAAUUAAGAAGGAGAUCCUGAAACUCAUCGAUACCUAUGUGCAAAAAGCCGAUGAUUUGGAGAUGGUGAACGCGAACAUGGUCCCACCACUCCUUGAGGCUGUAUUGGUGGACUACAAUCGAAAUGUCCCAGAUGCACGUGAGGCGGAAGUGUUAAAUGUUAUGACGACUAUCAUCCACAAGCUCCAUAACUUGAUGGAUGAUAAGAUCCCUGUUAUCAUGGAAAAUGUCUUCGAAUGCACACUGGAUAUGAUAAAUAAAGACUUUCACGAAUAUCCGGAGCAUCGCGUUCAGUUCUUCAAGUUACUCCAAGCGAUCAACCUGUAUUGUUUCCCGGCAUUGUUGAAACUCGACGCGAAUCAAUUCAAAUUUGUGAUCGACUCCUGCAUGUGGGCCAGCAAGCAUGACAACCGCGAGGUGGAGAACACUGGGCUCACCAUGUGCCUGGAGCUUAUGAAUAAUAUGGCCGAAACCGAUCCGCAGACAUCAAGCAUCUUUUUCCGCCAAUUCUACCUUCCGAUUCUUCAGGAUGUGUUCUUUGUGCUGACUGACAGUGAUCACAAAGCCGGUUUCAAAUCCCAGGCGAUGCUCUUGUCCCGCAUGUUCUACUUUGUAGAAUCGGGUAAAAUUCAGGACCCUAUCUACUCGCCGGAACAAGCGCCCCCUGGGACUUCUAAUAAGGAAUUCCUUCAAGAAUAUGUCGCCAGUCUUCUCCAGAAUGCUUUCAAGAACCUCCAAGAGAUCCAAAUCAAGCAGUUCGUGAUAGGUCUCUUUGCUUACAAUGAUGAUUUCAACAAAUUUAAAACCCAUCUUCGUGACUUCUUGAUUUCUCUGAAGGAGUUUGCGGGUGACAAUACUGAACUUUACGCAGAGGAACGCGAGCAAGCUCUAAGAGAGGCCAAAGCUGCUGAGAGAGACCGCGCAAUGAGAGUUGGAGGGUUGCUCAAGCCGGCUGAGAUGGACCAGGACGACGACUUAUGA